CAUCGUUCAGAACCCUAAAGCCGUCUCUUCUGCGUCGCCGUCGCUCUCCUCCCCCCACCCCCCAUCCCACCCCAAGCUCUGAUCGCUGCACCCCAGGCAGAAGAAUGGCUAGAGGGUUGAAGAAACAUCUGAAGAGGCUCAAUGCCCCGAAGCAUUGGAUGCUUGACAAGCUCGGGGGUGCAUUUGCUCCUAAACCAUCAUCUGGGCCCCACAAAGCCCGUGAAUGCUUGCCACUGAUCCUUAUUCUGCGAAACCGGUUGAAAUAUGCUCUUACAUAUCGUGAAGUUAUUGCUAUCUUAAUGCAAAGGCAUGUUUUGGUUGAUGGAAAAGUUAGAACAGACAAGACAUACCCUGCCGGUUUCAUGGAUGUUGUGUCAAUUCCCAAGACUAAUGAGAAUUUCCGACUUCUAUACGACACAAAAGGUCGCUUCCGCCUCCAUUCUAUCAAGGAUGAAGAGGCAAAGUUCAAGCUAUGCAAGGUCCGAUCAGUUCAGUUUGGAGACAAGGGUAUUCCCUACCUGAACACAUACGAUGGGCGCACCAUCCGCUAUCCAGACCCUCUAAUCAGGGCAAACGACACUAUCAAGCUUGACCUCGAGACCAACAAGAUCAUUGAUUUCAUUAAGUUCGAUGUUGGGAAUGUGGUCAUGGUGACUGGUGGUAGAAACAGGGGACGUGUAGGAGUCAUCAAGAACAGGGAGAAGCACAAGGGAAGCUUUGAGACUAUUCAUGUCCAGGAUGCAACAGGGCAUGAAUUUGCCACUCGUUUGGGUAAUGUUUUCACCAUCGGCAAGGGGACCAAGCCGUGGGUGUCUCUUCCCAAGGGAAAGGGUAUUAAGCUUUCCAUCAUCGAGGAAGCAAGGAAGCGCAUCGCAGCAGCAGCAGCAGCAGCAGCCUCCACUGCAUAAGUUGGCGAGUUGCAACUAGGCAAAGUUCUCUUUAGAGCUUUUCUUUCCGAGUCUUUUCGUUCAUACUUCUUCUGUUUUUAAUGGUUGAUUAAGUGGUAAACUGUUUCUCACAUAGAGUUUAGGUUUAUUGUUUUCUCCAUCAGUACAUCUUGUUGAAAAUUUUGUAGACGUUCAAUUUUUGAGAGAGGUUAAAACCGUUUUGCUUGGCACACUAUACUAUAUUACCGUGUCUGCUCACCUACUUAAAGUGAAACGUGGCUGAGUAGUUGAUAUUUGUUGCCUAUUGGGAUUGCAAAGGUAUCAUGUUGAACUGGAUAUGCAUAGAAUAUGGGAUUGGUUCUUUAUUUUUGGA